AAGAAGGUGGGGCAGCGCCUCGAGGAUACCCUGAGGAGCCUGUCUUUCCUGAAUAUUCAUAAGGGAGGCGGGCCGACGCCGCUCCAAACCGCGACCGGCGCCAUGAAGCUCAACGUGGACGGGCUGCUGGUCUACUUCCCCUACGACUACAUCUACCCGGAGCAGUUCUCGUACAUGCUGGAGCUGAAACGCACGCUGGAUGCCAAGGGUCAUGGAGUCCUGGAGAUGCCCUCAGGCACUGGGAAGACAGUGUCCCUGUUGGCCCUGAUCAUGGCGUACCAGCGGGCGUAUCCCCUGGAGGUGACUAAACUCAUCUACUGCUCGAGGACUGUGCCUGAGAUUGAGAAGGUGAUUGAAGAACUUCGAAAGUUACUGAGCUUCUAUGAGAAACAGGAGGGCGAGAAGCUGCCAUUUUUGGGGCUGGCUCUGAGCUCCCGGAAGAACCUGUGUAUUCAUCCCGAGGUGACACCCCUGCGCUUUGGGAAGGACGUGGACGGGAAAUGCCACAGCCUCACGGCCUCAUACGUGCGGGCGCAGUACCAGCGGGACUCCAGCCUGCCCCACUGCCGCUUCUACGAGGAAUUUGAUGUUCACGGGCGCCAGGUGCCCCUCCCCACGGGCAUCUACAACCUGGAUGACCUGAAGGCCGUAGGACGGCGCCAGGGCUGGUGCCCAUACUUCCUGGCCCGAUACUCAAUCCUGCACGCCAACGUGGUGGUCUACAGCUACCACUACCUGCUGGACCCCAAGAUUGCCGACCUGGUGUCCAAGGAGCUGGCCCGCAAGGCCGUGGUCGUCUUUGACGAGGCCCACAACAUCGACAACGUCUGCAUCGACUCCAUGAGUGUCAACCUCACCCGCCGCACCCUGGAUCGGUGCCAGGCCAACCUGGAGACCCUGCAGAAGACGGUGCUCAGGAUCAAGGAGACGGACGAGCAGCGACUGCGAGAGGAGUACCGCCGCCUGGUGGAGGGGCUGCGGGAGGCCAGCGCCGCCCGGGAGACCGAUGCCCACCUGGCCAACCCGGUGCUGCCUGACGAAGUGCUGAAGGAGGCGGUGCCCGGCUCCAUCCGCACUGCCGAGCACUUCCUGGGCUUCCUGCGCCGCCUGUUGGAGUACGUCAAGUGGCGCCUGCGGGUGCAGCAUGUGGUCCAGGAGAGCCCGCCCGCCUUCCUCAGCGGCCUGGCCCAGCGCGUCUGCAUCCAGCGCAAGCCCCUCAGGUUCUGCGCCGAGCGCCUCCGCUCCCUCUUGCACACCUUGGAGAUCUCGGACCUCACUGACUUCUCCCCACUCACCCUCCUCGCUAACUUCGCCACGCUUGUCAGCACCUACGCGAAGGGUUUCACCAUCAUCAUCGAGCCCUUUGACGACAGGACCCCGACCAUUGCCAACCCCAUCCUGCACUUCAGCUGCAUGGACGCCUCACUGGCCAUCAAACCCGUGUUUGAGCGCUUCCAGUCCGUCAUCAUCACAUCCGGGACACUGUCCCCGCUGGACAUCUACCCCAAGAUCCUGGACUUCCACCCCGUCACCAUGGCGACCUUCACCAUGACGUUGGCCCGGGUCUGCCUCUGCCCCAUGAUCAUCGGCCGUGGCAACGACCAGGUGGCCAUCAGCUCCAAGUUUGAGACCCGGGAAGAUAUUGCGGUGAUCCGGAACUACGGGAAUCUCCUGCUGGAGAUGUCCGCUGUGGUCCCUGACGGCAUCGUGGCCUUCUUCACCAGCUACCAAUACAUGGAGAGCACCGUGGCCUCCUGGUACGAGCAGGGCAUCCUGGAGAACAUCCAGAGGAACAAGCUGCUCUUCAUCGAGACCCAGGAUGGGGCUGAGACCAGUGUUGCCCUGGAGAAGUACCAGGAGGCCUGUGAGAACGGCCGCGGUGCCAUCCUGCUCUCAGUGGCCCGAGGCAAGGUGUCCGAGGGAAUUGACUUUGUGCACCACUACGGGCGGGCCGUCAUCAUGUUCGGGGUGCCCUACGUCUACACCCAGAGCCGCAUUCUCAAGGCACGGCUGGAAUACCUUCGGGACCAGUUCCAGAUUCGUGAAAACGACUUUCUCACCUUUGAUGCCAUGCGCCACGCCGCCCAGUGUGUGGGUCGGGCCAUCAGGGGCAAGACGGACUAUGGCCUGAUGGUCUUUGCCGACAAGCGGUUUGCUCGGGCUGACAAGCGAGGGAAGCUGCCCCGGUGGAUCCAGGAGCACCUCACGGACGCCAACCUCAACCUGACCGUCGACGAGGGGGUCCAGGUCGCCAAGUACUUCCUGAGGCAGAUGGCACAGCCCUUCCACCGGGAGGACCAGCUGGGCCUGUCCCUGCUCAGCCUGGAGCAGCUGGAGUCAGAGGAGACUCUGCGGAGGAUCGAGCAGAUUGCCCAGCAGCUGUAGCGCCAGGCGGGGCCGUGACGCCCAAGUCUUAGCCGGCCUCGGUCCCGGUGCUCGGAGGGGCCUCCGGGAGGGGCCUGGAGGUCCCCACAGGACACCUCAGGGAGACCUUCUAGCUGCCAGAUCUACAGCCUUUAAUCUCAGGAGUGGAGCUCAGGGAGGCCGGAGCCGUGGGGAGCCAUCAGGGAGAGGAGAGGACUCCCUCCCCUUGCCCACCCCUCCCGCUCCUCCUGAGAAGCCACAGCCACGUGGUCCUGUCGCCUCUAGCGGGGGCCCAGGUCCUGGGUGCUGGUGCUGAGGGUCCGCGAGGCCUCGCUCAGGUGCUGCCUGGGGAACUGGGGACAGGCAUGGGGCAGCUGAGGGCAAGACACAGGGCUGCCCCUGCCCAGCGGGGCUAUGCCGCCGGCCCAUCUUCCUGUCCCUACCCAACUCCAACCCCUCCAUCCCCCUGCAUCUACCCAAAUAAAACCCAUC